CCCCGCCGCUGAGGAGGCCACGUGGCACAGGUGACGUCACGGGCGGGGCGCGAGGCCUCGCCCCCGGGCGGGGCCGCACCGCGCUCCUCUCGGAGGGGAAUCCCGGAUGACGUAAGGGGAGCCCCGGCGCGCGCCCCCCGCUGGCCGCCGCACUGGGUCCCGGUGCGCUGUCCUUGGACCCCGCCGUCGGCAUCGGCCGCCGUCUCUCACGUCCUCCCGCCGCCCCUCGUUGUGACCCCCUCCGGGGGCAGCAGGACGGGAGGGGCGCGGCGAUCCCUGCCCGACGGCGCAUCCGCGGCGGUCCUCGGUGUCCGAUGGGCUGGCGGGAGGUGCGGCGGGGGCGCGGAGGCGGGGCUGGGAGGAGAGGAGAGAGGCCCCGCGAGGGGAGGACCGCUAAGUGCCAGAUGUUUGGCAACGGGUAGGGAGGAAGUCGCUGCCGGGGCCCUGAGUCCCGCCCGAGCCGCGCCGAAGCAGGCAGGGCCGCGCCAUGGCCCGCACGGCUCCCCCGACAGUGCCGCCGCCCCCGGGGCCGCCGGCCCGCGGCUCCCUCAGCCUCCAUCGCGCCUACCUGCGGAGCCCGCUGGGUCUGCUACGACUGGGGCAGCUGGCUCUGGGCGCUGCCUUCUGGGUGACGGUAGCGGCUCAUAAGUACGAGGGGGCGGCCCACUUCGCUCUGUUUGCCGCCGUCCUGGUCUGGCUCCUCACCCUGGCCCUCUUCGGGCUGAGCCUGCUGGGGCGCUGGGAGCUGGUACCCUGGUUGGGCUCCCGCUGGCUCCUCACCAACCUUGUGCACGACCUGGCACUGGGUGUGGGGCUCUACGCAGCUGCCGCUGGCAUCAUGGGUCACAAGGCCAAGCAGAGGAGCUUUUGCAACCUGCCGGGCUACAGCCAGCACUGCCUGUACAGUGCCUACCUGAGUGCCUCCAUCUGUGGGGGCAUCACUGCCUGCCUGUACCUCUUCUCCGGCCUCUAUUGCCUGUUACGGCGUUGCCAGGACCAGCGAGACAUCAUCUGAGAUCCCACGCCACUUGGCUCCCCUUCUCAGCCGCAGACAGAACACAGCCUGUCUUUGGGAUGAAACAACCCUGCCACCCCAUCCCCUCCUGGCUGACUGCACUGCAAUUCCUCCAGAGACUCCUGCACAGAUGGAUGGACAGACAGAGGCCUUCACCGAGCACGGCUUCCCCUGCAGCGCACCAAGACAGCAUGGACACCCAGCCACUGAACAGUGCUUCUCCCACACCUGGACACACGUAGGCUACUGCACAUGGAAGGACCCAAAUGGAGAGCCUCUAAGAGGGAUACCAAUCUUUGGGAGACCCCUAGGACUCAAGCCAAAAUCCCCUGCCCCUGGUCUUGCAGAUGCUGCAUGCUCAGGUGGGUGCUGACUUUUCCCUGGGGUGGACGGGGACUGGCCUUGGGGAGCUGAGCUGGGGGCAGCAGUACCUAGUGCAGUUGGAUGGGCAUAAACCCCCCUGACCUGCUGGCAGCCCUGCCUUGCCUUUCCAGCUGCCUGCCACCUCCCCAAUUCCCUAAGGGAGGCUCUGAACUUGGCUUCCCCAGCCUGGGCCCCUCAUUCCAUCUGCCUUGGAAACAUCCUUCAUCUUAUUGGAGCCCCAAAGGGCUCAGCGCCUCCCUGCACUUGGGGGUUGUAGAGACACCCAGGUACUGCACAGCCAGAUCCAGCAUCACCCCAGUCCAGUCUGGAGACUGAGCAGGGCAGCGAGACCUCCACUGCUGCAGAGGGAGGGGAAGGACAAGUGGAGCCGUAACCUGUUCUGUGACCCUGGGCCUCCAGCCCAGGAGUUUGUACAGUCCUGGGAGGGGGCCAGGUGCCCCAGGGGUUGAGGGGAGCCUAUCAUUGGGUUCUCUCCUCCUGCUGUUCCUGCAGAGAGGUUUGUGGCCCCAAGCCAGCCAGAGCCACUGAACCAGCCCUGGGGACAGGCUACUCCAAAAGGGACAGAAACAGCCUCGCUGAUAGUUCUGGAGACCAGCCUGCAGCUCUGCCUGUCUCUGCCACACUUGUUUAUCAUCCUGGAAAAUUUUCAUCUCUGGACUCUCUGGGACUGGGCAGUGCCUGAAGACUGUGGUGAGGUGGAGGGGAAGGGUGAACAUUGCAGCAUGGCAGUGCCAGGCUGUGCUGGCACUCUGGCUGUGGGGGAGCUGGGGCCAGGCAUUGUGGGAGCACAACCUGUCUUGGAAAACAGAGAAGGACACUGGUACUGGAGCCAGCCCAACCCUGGAUCAGCCUCCACAAGCCACCAGGUGCUCCACAAACCCUGAUGAGGCCAUGUAGAGUUGACUAGAAAAAUGGGCAGCCAGAGACAGAAUUUUUUGAGCGGCAGCACACUAUGGCUGCCCUGCUUACCCUGCCUGGAGGCAGGUCCUCCCUAUUGCUCCUGGGAGGGUCUGCUCCAGUCUCUAUGUAGACUCAGAUCAGUGAGAUGGGUGUCCCCAGCAGCUGGCCACAGCUGCCUGUCGCCUGGGAUUCCCUGGCACCUUUUUUGAGGUGAAGAGCAGCAGCCAUGAUUCCCCUGGGGGCUUGAAGGAGUCUGGGAUUGGUACUGGGCCACCACUUUCAUCAUGAUGUGCUGUCCCAGUGGAUCAUGCUCAGGGGCCCUGCCAAGCCCCAGGCCAUGUACCCAUUCCCUGGGUAGGACAUGCUGUCUGUGCCCUGUGUCAAGGCUGGUCCCUGACACCACCUGCCUCUGCCUUACUCUGGUGCAGCCCUUGGCCCAGGCUGUCCAAAAUACCCUUGGUGCUUCUGCCACCACAAGUGCCUUCCCCUGGCUUUCUGCAGCCCUGUCUGUCACCCCAGCUCUAUCCUCCUACAGCCUCCUUUCAGGUGCCAAUGGAUUCACCUUCCAAAUAAAGCAAUGUUGGCACUCA